UCUUUUUUUAAAAAUUCUUUCUAGUCGUAUCUUUCAAGACUUGGAACUUCAAACACUCGAGAACUCAGACAUGGUAUGGAAAUCCAGAAAUUUGUAAAAGAGUGUUUUGAGAUCUGCUGGCUUAUGGUGAUUCAAGAUCCGCCGCUUGUUUUCGCUUCCAGGAGUAAGGGCGAACUACUAAAUACGGAAUUGUAUAAACCGUACACGAAGAAUGGGAAGUAUGUCAAGUUUAUUGUAUGGCCAGCCAUGCUUUUGCAUAAAGAUGGACCAGUUUUGGCCAAAGGUGUUGCCCAAGGUGAGCGCGGAAACCAAGACAAGGACAAAUUGGCCAUUGACUAUGUUGAUAAGCUAAAUUUUGAAACUCACUUACCGCAUACAGAAUGGAAAUUUGAUAAGCAUACCUACACAAUUGGCCAUUUUGCAGGUACAUCAAGAAAUGUAGAUUAUUCAAAUGGUCCGCUGUAUAAAGAGUAUAAAGGACAGUCCUUUGAAAGAAAAAUAUCUGCAGAAAUGGGAAAAGAGCGACAUCAACGUGCAAAGAGUGAAGGAGAAAAAAGGUUCGAGCAACCAGCGCUAACAAAGCUGAGCAGUUCAGGAACAAAGUUAAUUUGGAAACCUUACAAGGAGUAUGAAAGACAUCCUACGCCAGACGAGAUGCGCACUUACUUUUAUUAUUUUGACCGUCGCGAGUACAGUAAGGCUAAAGAUGUGCUCGGCAGUAAAGUAUACUUUAGGUGUAUGCAAAAUGAACAUAAAAGACACAUGUAUAGUACUAAAUUGAAAUGAGGCACUGCCUGGACCUUGAAUCGAUCUGCCUUAUCAAGAUCAAUAUAACAUCUAGCUGAAGCGCAAAACAAGUUUUGUCAGCUUUAUAUGGUUAUAUAAAAAACUGUAACCGAAUGUGUAUAAUUUUACAUUUUAGAUAUACGUACAAGUUAUACUCUCAUCUCUGAAUUACAAUUACAGAAGCGGACAAUGUACAACAUUUGUCAGCAUUCCAGAUAUAUUUUUGUUAAAAGAAAAUCGCGUUUAGAAUUUUUGUCUGCUCCCGCACAUUAUUAUAUACAAAUAAAUGAACUAACCUAAUGUUUUGACCCUGACUAUGUUCCGUGUUGCUCCGAAUAAUGACAGGCAGAAACUGUUUAGUAUAAUGCUUAGUCUUUGAUCUUCCUGCGUGACAUUGAUUUUAACCGUGACCAUAUUGCGUUCUGCAUAUUUCUCGAUAUGGUCAUCUCUUGUAGCAAGUAAUUUGAAAAGGGAUUAAAAUAUAGGGGAGACAUGCUUUUUUUUAUUGAUAAACAAAACAAAUUCUUGUUGAUUUUAUUAUAAUACUUAUCACAGAGGGUUGUACUUACUGCUUCAGGUAAAAUGUUUGCAUGAUUAAGUUUGAUGACGGUAAAUCCUUCAAGAAGGUUAGAAGACUUGGAUUGAACUGUUGAGAAGAAUGCUCUGCAUACCGUCUUGAACAGUGGAAUAUUCAAUAUCCUUCAAAGUUUCUAGAAAUAAUAUGGAAGGACUGGAAACAAAGGCUCAAACACAACAAAUUUCAGGAUCCAAACGGUUAACCUUGACAUUGAGCAUGUACCCUGUUUAUUUGUCUCAAAUCAGACAAGUUGAAAUACAUAAACAUUUUAGUAUUUUAUAUGAAAGAAAUAAGUUUCUGGAUUUUAGCACGAAUUGCUCAUGGCGCGCUUUUACGAUAAUUGAAUGUUUGUCUUUCAUCAGUCUGUAGUCCAUCCGUCUGUUGUGAACGAUUUCUUUAAAGAACAUCAUUCUCCUCCUAAACCACAGAGCCAAUUUCGAAAAAUGAACCAUAGGAAUGUCCCUUGGGUGGCCCAAUUUUUGAUUCCUUCAAGUCUAGAUCAUCUAUGCAGAAUUCUCGUUGCCAUGGCAAACAAAAGACCAAACCCCUAACAUUUUCUCAUAAGAAUUCACCGAUAAUGUCACAAAAAUAAUGCUUAAGUGAACUUUUACCAAAUUCCUUUUAAUUAUUCUGUUUCGUUAACAUGGCCGCUAGGGGAUAGAUUAGUUUUCGGAGUAAUCCUAUAUAGAAAUUUUUACUAUAAAACUGCAGGCCAAUUUUCAAAAUAAGCGGACCAUUGUAACCCUACGUUGCCGACUUGACCGUGACAGUUUAACCUUGGAUAUACAUAUGAAACAUAUGAAUGGUAUUAAGGGGAGAUGUGGUCCAGUGGUUAAGGUGUCGGCCGCUCAAACUGUGUGUCGCAGGGUUUUCAGGAAGAAUAGUCGAGAAUAGUUCAAAUAAGCUUGAAGCGUUUAUCACAAUCGAGCUAAAAUAAAUUAGUGCGAACUAAUGGUAAUAUGUUUGUUUACCAUACAAAACAUGCCCCUAUUUGACCAUAUUUUAGGAAAGACCGUAAAAUGAUUCUACAUGCCAUGAUUGAGUUCUUUAAAGACACUGAUUCUGGUAUGCCUGGUAUGUGGCCUAUGGAGAUGAUAAGGUCUGCGUAUUGGCGAUAAGGGCCAAUACACAAGUCAGGACUAUUGGUAGACUUGCUUCUGUUUAUCAUAAUAAGCUACUGUAUAGCUACUGUGCAGUACAUAAAUUGCAGGUGAUAUUUCUCACCUUUAUAGCAAAUCAGUUCUCACCUUUAUAACGAGUUUAGAAAGCUUGAUUGAAUUAGGGCUAAAUAAACAAAGUGAUAAGAUACAACAGUGUUUUAUCAUAUUUUCAAUAAAGUAAGUUUUUUAACAAUUACAUCUCAUUAUUGCUGUUAUCAAAAAUAUAAAAAAAAAUGCAUUCAGGCACAUAGCUUUU